UUAAACGCAAUUUUGUUAACUGCCGUUUGCUGUUAUCAGUUUUUGUUUAGAACAAUACCCAUAUCUACAUAUAUCAUUAUAUAUAGCAUAAGUAAUCUGAUCAGUGAGUAGUUGCAAUACGUUGGUUGAACUACUAUGAAGCUAUAUCUCUUGGUUUCAUUUAUCAUUUGCUCUUUUGGGGCGAAAAUCCCUUUAACGGACAGUGCAAAAAUCCUAGCCACUCUGCCAUUUCCGGGACCGUCUCAGUACAUUUUUGUGGAGACCUUUCUGAAAGCCCUGGCUGCCAAAGGUCACGAAGUAACAGUGAUCAAUGCCUUUAAUAACAAGGAAACUCCGAAUAUGCGAUUUAUAAAGGCUUAUAAUGCGCGCGAUCACCACGAAGAAAUGAUGGAUCUGCUGAACGAAACUAUUUUGUGGAAAGCUCUAAAUGCAUGGCAUAAAAUUGUGACCAAAGUGAUGGAUUUAACAAUGGGGAACGAGGAUGUUCAGAAGCUGCUUAAAUCUGGAGAAACUUUCGACCUAGUGUUGGCUGAGAUGGAGCAAGUGGAACCCUUGUACGGUUUUGCCCAGCAUUUCAAUGCCACUCUGGCUGGGUUCCUUAGUUAUGGAACGGAUCACCGGGUUGAUGAGGCCUUUGGAAAUAUUUCACCCAUUUCAUAUAACCCAUUAGUAGGCUCCUCCCGCAUUAAUCGGAUGACCUUUUGGGAACGCCCGCUUAACCAUUACGGAUAUCUUGUGGAAAAAAUACAUCGCCAUCUGAUUCACCUGCCUGCUAUGCGUAAAAUAUUUGACAAGUACUUCCCGAAAUCUAAGCAAACCAUGGAGGAAGUUUUGAACAGUUUUGCGAUGGUUUUAAUAGGUCAGCACUUUUCCCUGAGUCAUCCACGUCCCUAUUUGGCCAAUAUGAUAGAAGUCGGUGGACUGCACAUUAACCAUGAGCCCAAACCACUGCCCGAGGACAUCAAACAGUUUAUUGAGGAUUCCCACGAUGGUGUUAUAUACUUCUCCAUGGGAUCUAAUAUAAAGUAUUCAGAUCUAAAAGAGGAAACUCGCGAUGCACUGCUAAAAACCUUUGCGAAAUUAAAUCAGCGUAUACUGUGGAAAUGCGAAAACGACGAGAUGACAGGAAAACCAGAAAAUGUAAUGAUUAGGAAAUGGUAUCCCCAAUCCGAUAUUCUAGCCCAUCCAAAUGUCAGGAUAUUUAUUACUCAUGGUGGUCAGCUAAGCACCAUUGAAAGCGUGUACUUUGGUAAACCUAUAUUGGGACUGCCCUGCUACUUUGAUCAACAUAUGAAUGUAAUCCGAGCUCGUCAUAUGGGAAUCGGUUUGGGAUUGGAUGUUCAAAAUCUUAACCAAAGAGAUCUGGAACACGCCAUCCAAACACUGUUAACUAAUCCAAGUUUCGCCAAUGCUUCGGCGGCGGCUUCCACACGAUUCCAUGAUCAACCCCAGACGCCACUUGAUCGGGCUAUAUGGUGGGCGGAAUAUAUCAUCAGGCAUAAUGGGGCCCCUCAUCUUCGAGCAGCUUCUAGAGAUCUAAACUUUAUUCAACUUCACAGCCUGGACACUUUGGCAGUUUUAUUAGGACUGCCUCUAUUAGGUUUGUUGUUUAUUAUCAAAAUAUGCCAACAAAUUUGGUUGGGAAAAAAACUGAAGAAAGAGUAAGAAAUAGAAAGACAGAUUUCAGGCAAUCUAAGCUAACCCGUUCUUCUUUAUUCUAUAUAAGGUUAGAAAAAAAAACAAAUAAAUACAAACAAAAAACAUAAAACUGUUCUUAAAUAUAAGGAUAAUAAGCUAUUACAUUUUCGGUUCCCUCAUAUUCGAAUUUUGUAAAUUCGAAAUUCAGUUACAAUUUAGUUUAGAAGCAGGCAGUGUUUGCUAGAAGCAGUGCUAUGUGCAAGGAGAGCUGUUAAAAUAACAGCCUAUAAGCCUAAAAAGUGGUAUCGAUAAAUAUUGUACAUCGAGAGAGUUGCCAUACUACCUAACUGUCAGUCACUGCCGCCAUAUUGUAUGCAUAAAUGCGCUACUCUGGCAACGCCGCCAGACUCGCUUUGUAUAUGCUCAUAUUCUCGUAACAUGCAACUAUCGCAUUUCUGUACUUAAUCGUGAAUGGUUAAAAUGCUGAAACAAAUAACACAUAUAAAAUGAAGGAUAAAUAU